AUGCUGGUUACCUAUUUGGAAGCCAGCCGGGACCUUUGCGAUACGGACUCAAUUCUUUUUGGCGCUGCACUGGCAGUCUGCCGUAUUAUAGGUGCCAAACUUUCCACGGCUGGACGCGCUACUGGACAAAGUAGUGCUAUCCCAGCCUGGAGAAUAAGAAUUGAAGAACGUAUCGCAAAGGCUAGGGCCCUCAUCGGCAGACUGAUAUGCUUCAGGUCAGGCAAUACCAGACCAAGGAUUGUGCGCACCGUCAGGAUGGCGUUUGCUGGGACAAAUGUUAGUUUGUCCCAGCCGGAUAUAAUGCAAAAACUGACGGAGCGCAUAGACGACCUGAAGCAAAGAAUAGCUGCUUGGGGAAAGCGGAUUCGGCGAUAUACCGAGAGGUCGACACGGUUCAACCAGAAUCGUCUCUUCCAGAGUGAUCAGAAGAGGCUCUAUAAAUCAUUGGAGCGACCAAUAGUAAGUGGAACGGGCCCUGCACCAAAUCAGGCCGACAUGGUCGCAUUCUGGCGCAGCCUGUAG